AUGAAAAACCCGGUAAAUAUCCUGACCCAAUUCCCCAAACGGGCGCUCGAUCUCGAUUGGAAACUCCUGGUUCUCCUCCUCUUCUCCGUCACCUUUCUCGUCUACGUUUCCCUCUCCGCCUCCUCCUCCGUCGCAUCAUUAUCUAUCUCUCUUCGCCGUUUUGUCCCCCCUUUCAAAUCCAUAUUUCGCGACCUUGCACCGGCCGGCCAUCCGCCUGCCGGAGCCGAGGCCCGCCCCAAGAGCCGGCCGAACGGGUCGAGAAUUGCCGUUUGUUUGGUGGGCGGUGCCCGCCGGUUCGAGCUCACCGGCCCGUCCAUCGUGGAGAGGAUCCUCCGGGUUUACGAAAGUUCGGAUCUUUUUCUCCACAGCCCGUUGGAUGAAAACUCUUACAAGCUUCUGCUGUUGAACGAUGCGCCGAAAAUUGCUGCUGUCAGGAUAUUCAAACCCGAACCCAUACCAGAGACCGAGUCGGAGGCCCGGGUUCUGACGUCUGCCAACUCGCCCAACGGUAUACAGGGCUUGUUGCAGUAUUUCAAUCUGGUAGAGGGCUGCCUAAAAAUGAUCAAAGCCUACCAAGAAGAGAACAAUUUCACUUAUGAUUGGGUCAUCCGAACAAGAGUUGAUGGUUACUGGUCCGGACCAGUGGGGCCCGAAAACUUCAUUCCGGGCAAAUAUGUAGUUCCACCGGGCUCGUCCUACGGUGGCCUAAAUGAUCGAUUUGGAGUGGGAGACUACAACACCUCAGUCGUAGCACUUUCGAGACUCUCCUUAAUCCCUCAGCUCGACUUGGCUGGACUGACCCAGCUCAACUCGGAGGCUGCUUUCAAGGCCCAACUCACCACCCAAAAGGUCCAAUUCACUACUAAGCCUCUCCCGUUUUGUAUAGUUACAGAUCGUGAAUAUGCGUUUCCUCCAGCCCGUUUUGGGGUGCCUGUGGCAGCACUGUCUAGCCCAGGCCCACUUAGCGGCGCCAAGUGCAGACCCUGCACGCCCGUAUGUACUGGAUCUUGUGUUGGGCCAGUCAUGAAUAGGCUUGAUAAAGGGUGGAGCUGGACCGAGUGGGCUGGAAACACACUUGAGCUUUGCGAUGCACACAGUAAGUGGGAAAAUGGGUGGGAAAAUCUGUUUGAUAAAGCUGCUGGUGAAAAACUGGCUUCUGCAAGGAAGAAAGUUUGGGCUUUGAAUAUGGGUCGAUGCAUUGAUGGAUUUGAUAGAAUGAAGAGACGAACGGCCCACUGGGAUGGGCCUGAACCCGAGGAAAUUUGCAGGCUGGGCCUGAAGUUGAGCCGUUCCUCCAAACCCACUUCAACAUCGCGACCUCACUCACCGGCGCCACCGUUAUGGCCACAAUUGCGCGACCUCACUCACCGACGCCACCGCUAUGACAACAAUCGCGUCGCUGCUGACCUUUUUGCGGUGCUUUUCUGGCGAAUUGGUGGUGGCGGCGGUCUGCGAUGGGAAGAGGGAGCUCGGGUUGGACGGCGGUCUGCGAUAGGGCUUGGUUGCCGGCAUCUGCAAAACAACAUAAUACAAGCGACUGUUGGCUGCGAUAGGGCUUGGUUUCUCGCAUAUUCAGGCACCUCCUCGUACGGAUGUUGUGAAAGAUUGAAGAAUGGCAUAGUCGUAAAUUUAUUGGGAAUGUGUGAUGAUGUACUCGGUAUGCAAGUGGCUGUUGGCUUGCUUGUGGCAAAAGCGCUCACGAAUUCACCUAGUCCUUAUUAUCGGGGCAUCUCUCCUGGGAACCCUCAUGUUCUUGCCUUUGGAUGUGUUCUUGGUCCAGACCACCCCACCAUCCAUUUAGCAGCACCGACUGAGAAGGUUAUGACCGGGAAAAAGCCACGACCGGAGAUUCGUAUGGCGGAUAACGACGGGCCGAUGUGCGACUACCUCUCGACACAAUAUGGGAAACCCGUCAUCCUCUUCGGCCCAGUCCUCCCAAAGUCCUCCAAGGGCCCAGUCCCCCCAAAGUCCUCCAAGGGCCUGCUUGAGGAUUGUUGGAAGACUUGGCUCAACAAACUCGGGCCCAAAUCCGUCGUCUAUUGUGCUUUCGACAGCCAGAUGAUCAUCCAGAAGGCUCAAUUUCAGGAGCUCUUGAUUCAAGAUGACGGGCCCUCAUCGCCUUAUCGAAGCCCCACAGUGGAGGUGGAGAGGGGGGAGAUGGGGUGGUUUUCCAAGGAGGAUUUCUGCGGGGUGAGAAGCGUGAUGGAGGAAGAGAGUGGGGUGGGGAAGACGGCGAUCAAAGAGAGUGAGAGUUAG